CCAGGAUGGCAUUCCUGUGGGUUGUUGCCUGCCUGGCCCUCGCCAGCACCGUCUCAGGCUGCGGGGUGCCCACCUUCAGCCCCUCUGUGCGAUCCGGCGAGCGGAUUGUCAAUGGGGAGACCGCGGUGCCCGGCUCCUGGCCCUGGCAGGUGUCCCUGCAGAGCCGUGCAGGAUCCCACUUCUGUGGAGGUUCCCUCAUCAGUCAGUACUGGGUCGUCACUGCUGCCCACUGCCAGUUCAAUCCCAGUGCCCACAUCGUCGUCCUCGGGGAAUACGACCUCCGCUCCAGCUCGGAACCCGUGCAAGUGAAGACCGUGGCCAGGGCCAUCACCCACCCCAACUGGAACCCCAACACCAUGGCUAACGACAUCACCCUGCUGAGGCUCUCCUCGCCCGCCCAGCUGGGCCCACGCGUCUCCCCCGUCUGCCUGCCCCCCGCCAACAUGGUGCCUCCCGCCAACCUCCAGUGCGUCACCACCGGCUGGGGACGCACCAACCCCAACUCCCAAGCCUUGGCAUCACGCCUGCAGCAGGUUGUCGUGCCCUUGAUCUCCCAGAGCCAGUGCAAGCAGUACUGGGGCAACCGGAUCACCAGUUCCAUGCUCUGUGCCGGGGGGAUAGGAGCCUCCUCCUGCCAGGGUGACUCUGGUGGCCCCCUGAUAUACCAGAGUGGGAAUGGCUGGACCUUGAUCGGCAUCGUCUCCUGGGGAACCAGCAACUGCAACGUGGAGGCCCCAGCCAUCUACACCCGGGUCAGCCAGUUCCGCAACUGGAUCAACACCGUGGUUUCCCAGGGAUAGAGGUGGUGCCAGAGGGAUCCCUCUGCCAGGCAGAGCCAGAGGGGCUGAGCUGGAAGCAAAGCACAAAACUGGGAAUAAAGUGCCAGCGUUUGCUGAUGCCC